UAUAUAUAUAUAUAUAUAUAUAUAUAUAUAUAUAUAUAUACAUAUAUAUAUAUAUAUAUAUAUAUAUUUAUAAUUAUAUAUAUAUAAGUAAAGCAUAAAUAAAACUGAAAUAAUAAAUCCCGAAUCAUCGACUUUCUUCCUAAAACUAAUUCCGUAUAUAACGAGGGUCUGUAUACAUAAAUUUCAUUUCGCAUUUUGGUUUUGUUUUCCUAUAAAACAUCAUCACUUCGUCAAGUACAUUAAUAUUCUUUACACUUCGUAUAUAUUAUAUAGCUAAUAAAAUAAUUACAAAACGAGAUCGAUUAGGACCUGGUAGACACAAAUGGAUAUCAAUACAUAGUUAAAAUUUUAAAUAAGACCAAAAUAAUGUAGAAAAAAUUAUAAAUAUUCCCCGGAACGAGCUUCCUCACAACUGGUUUCAGGUGUAAAUAAAUUUCGCCUCGUGUUUAUGUCUAGAGAGAGUUCUUAUGUCGAUAGGAUAAAUAAUUAUUUCGUCAUUAUUAGUUCGAACAUUAGUAUAUACUGCAUUCUAUGUACUUGUGAUGUAAACAGAUAAGAUAGCGAAGACAAAAAAACAAUAGUGGAGUAUAAUUGUGCCUCAUCAACUACUGCAAUUGAUAUUUGCUCCAAUCGUAUCAGAGAUACGCUUUAUCAUCGUUACAAAGUACACGAAGUUUUCCGUUGCGCAAGCGACGACUACAUAUCUGUACUAUAAAUGAGAAAGAUAGGCCUACACAGUUGCAGUCGACCGUGGAGUGUGCGCUUAUACUGAAAUACUUCACAUGAUAUUUUUUCGCGAUUAAUUAGUACGUUAUACGACAAUACUCAUUUACUUAUGUAGGUUCGCCGUCAAUACACCACAGAGAUUCUAAUAUCGUUCGAACUAACAGAUGUAAGCGCGAGUAUUCCAACAGAAAUUGCAUAGUGCGGCAUACCAAUUAGAACUCAGUUUAGUGGAAAAAUCUUAUCGAUAUGGUGUACGUGAUAGUUUUAUCGGUAAUAGCUGGCGCCGUAGGCCUCUAUUAUUUUCUCUUCAAGGAUCUGAAUCGAUUCAAGAAAUAUGAUAUACCACAUCUGAAGCCAUUGCCAUUCCUAGGCAACACGGCAGCGUCGACCUUCCGUACAGUAUCUGUACCUAAAUUAAUACAGAAGAUUUAUAAUAUACAUCCCGAGGCGAAGUACGUCGGUCUAUAUGACUUCAAAACACCGCUGAUAAUGUUGCGCGACACCGAGCUCAUCAAGUCCAUCGCCCUCAAGAACGUCGACAUGUUCCUGGACCAUCGUGUCUUUGUUACAGAAGAACAAGAACCGUUAUUCGGCAAGAACCUUUUCUCCCUUUGCGGCGACAGUUGGCGACAGACCCGGCCCAUGCUGAGUCCGGCCUUCACAUCAAGCAAAAUGAAGAGCAUGUUCAAGCUGAUGUCGGAUUAUGCCGCCAACUUUGCUAAUUUUGUGAUGCAACUGCCGCCGGAGCAAAAAGUGAUAGAAACAAAGGAUAUCUUUACAAAGUAUACCAACGAUGUGAUUGCUACUUGUGCUUUCGGCAUCACAGUAGAUUCCAUGCGAGAUCCGAAGAACCUCUUUUACGUAUACGGCAGAGAGGCGACUACUUUCAACGGUACCUCCUUCAUGAAAAUUAUAAUAUUCAGGAGCUUUCCGUGGUUGGCACGUAUACUCAAUUUGAAGCUGAUUCGUCAGAAAAUCGCAGACUUCUUUCAAGAUCUUGUGGAGACCACCAUCAAGACCAGGGACGAAAACAAUAUCGUUCGGCCGGAUAUGUUGCAGUUGAUGAUGGAAACUAGAAACAAAAAAGAAGGUAAAAGGGAACUGACGAUCGGAGACAUGACCAGUCAGGCCUUCAGCUUCUUCUUUGGCGGUUUCGAAAGCACCUCGACGUUGAUGUGUUUUGCCGCGCACGAGAUCGCGGUGAACGAGGAUGUGCGAAAGAAACUGCAAAACGAAAUCGAUCAGGUCCUGGAAGACACAAACGGACAAGCGCCAUAUGAGGCGAUCAACGGUAUGGAAUACUUGGACGCAAUAUUGAAUGAGGCUCUUAGAAUGUAUCCCGUUGCUAUAUUAACGGACAGAGCAUGCACAGAGAAUUUUGAGUUGCCGCCGACGUUACCGGGCGCAAAGCCCUACACCGUAAAGAAAGGCGAUGUCGUGUGGAUACCGAUUUACGCACUCCAGCAUGAUCCGAAAUACUUCGAGGACCCGGAGAAGUUUUAUCCUGAACGGUUUCUCGGCGAGCAGAAGAAACACAUUCUCAACACGGGAGCUUAUUUGCCUUUCGGCUUGGGGCCCAGGAUGUGCAUCGGUAACCGAUUCGCCCUAUUGGAGACGAAGGUAUUGCUGUUCCAUCUGCUGGCGCGUUGCGACCUGGUACCUUGCAAAAAGACACCAAUGCCGGUCAAGUUAGUUAAGGGAGAUUUUAAUAUGAAGCCUGUGGGUGGUUUCUGGUUAAAAGCUGUGCCGAGGAAGGACCCGCAUCACACUGUUGCAGUUAACAACAUAAAUAGCACAAGACAUCUGAAGCCAUUGCCAUUCCUAGGCAACAUGGCAGCGUCGACCUUCCGUACAGUAUCUAUACCUAAAUUAGUACAGAAGAUUUAUAAUAUACAUCCCGAGGCGAAGUACGUCGGUCUAUAUGACUUCAAUACGCCGCUGAUAAUGUUGCGCGACACCGAGCUCAUCAAGUCCAUCGCCCUCAAGAACGCCGACAUGUUUCUGGACCAUCGUGUCUUUGUUACAGAAGAACAAGAACCGUUGUUCGGCAAGAACCUUUUCGCCCUUUGCGGCGACAGGUGGCGACAGAUGCGGCCCACGUUGAGUCCUGCCUUCACAUCAAGCAAAAUGAAGAAUAUGUUCAAGCUGAUGUCGGAUUAUGCCGUCAAUUUUGCUAAUUUUGUGAUGCAACUGCCGCCGGAGCAGAAAGUGAUAGAAACAAAGGACAUCUUCACAAGAUAUACCAACGAUGUGAUUGCUACUUGUGCUUUCGGCAUCACAGUAGAUUCCAUGCGAGAUCCGAAGAAUCUCUUUUACGUAUACGGCAGAGAGGCGACUACUUUCAACUUUACCUCCUUCAUGAAAAUUAUAAUAUUCAGGAGCUUGCCGUGGUUGGCACGUAUACUCAAUUUGAAGCUAAUUAGUGAGAAAAUCGUAAACUUCUUUCACGAUCUUGUGGAGUCCACCAUCAAGACCAGGGACGAAAACAAUAUCGUUCGGCCGGAUAUGUUGCAGUUGAUGAUGGAAACUAGAAAUAAAAAAGAAGGUAAGAGGGAACUGACGAUCGGGGACAUGACCAGUCAGGCCUUCAUUUUCUUCUUUGGCGGUUUCGAAAGCACCUCGACGUUGAUGUGUUUUGCCGCACACGAGAUCGCGGUGAACGAGGAUGUACGAAAGAAACUACAAAACGAAAUCGAUCAGGUCCUGGAAGACACAAACGGGCAAGCGCCAUAUGAGGCGAUCAACGGUAUGGAAUACUUGGACUCAGUAUUAAAUGAGGCUCUUAGAAUGUAUCCCGUUGCUAUAUUAACGGACAGAGCAUGCACAGAGAAUUUUGAGUUGCCGCCGACGUUACCGGGCGCAAAGCCCUACACCGUAAAGAAAGGCGAUGUCGUGUGGAUACCGAUUCACGCACUCCAGCAUGAUCCGAAAUACUUCGAGGAUCCGGAGAAGUUUGAUCCCGAACGGUUUCUCGGCGAGCAGAAGAAACACAUUCUCAACACGGGAGCUUAUUUACCUUUCGGCUUGGGUCCCAGGAUGUGCAUCGGUAACCGAUUCGCCCUAUUGGAGACGAAGGUAUUACUGUUCCAUCUGCUGGCGCGUUGCGACCUGGUACCUUGCAAAAAGACACCACCAAUGCCGCUUAAGCUAGCUAAGGGAGAAUUUAAUAUGAAGCCUGUGGGUGGUUUCUGGCUGAAAGCUGUGCCGAGGAAAGAGCCACAUCACACUGUUGCAGUUAACAACAUAAAUAGCACAAGUGACCUGUAGUAGAGUUUUUGUUGAUUUGAUAAAUCGUGAGGGUUUAUAUGUUAUGAAUUCGGAAAAUGUUAAUAAAAGAUUGUAAUAAGAAAAAACCAUAUUAAAUAUAUAACGAUAGAAAAUAAUCGAUACGAAGGGAAAAAUAAUUCUUAAUCCAAUAUGUCAUUUAGGAAUUAUGAGUUCAUAUUCCAAGAUAACAUUAUGUGCUUUUAUACAUUAAAAGAUUGUUGACUUUCUUAUUAUGAGUUGUGAGCACAAAAAAUUGGCAUGAGAUUAGAGAUAUAAAUUAGAGAUAGAUUAGGAAAAUAAGAUAUGAAACAAUUUCUUUUAUAAGUAUAGGAGACGAUAUUUAUGUUGGGUAAAUUAGUGAUGUAUAUUAGUAUUAUCUUUCGAAAGAUAAUACUAAUUUACAUCACUAAUUUACACCACAUAAAUAAUGUCUCUUAUAUCUAUGAAAGAAAUUUUUUCAUAUCUUAUUUUCUUAAUCUGUCUCUAAUCUAUAUCUCUAAUCUCAUGCCAAUUAUCUCAUGCCAAUAUCUCUAAUCUCAUAACAAUAUAUAAUAAUAUUGCAAUGUUUUUUUAAUAACCGUGUAAAAAACAUCCAAAAGAUGUAAUUUCCGUAAAAAUGAUGUUAUAAUGUAUAUACAUCGCAAAGUAAUUAAAUGUCAGAAAAGGAGAGAAAGAGUGGAAGAAAGAGGAUCAUAAGGAGAGAAAAGGGAGAGAGAUUUGUAUAAUAUAUGGACAAAACUAAAAUAAUAAAUCGAUAACCGCCGACUUUCUUCUAAAAAUUGAUUCCGAAUAAUCGAAGUUUGUGUGGAUAAAUUUUAUCUUAUUUUCGUUUAUCGUAUUUUUGUUUUGUUUUCCUAUGAGACAUCAUCACUUCGUCGAGCACAUUAAUAUUCUUUACACUUUGUAUAUAUUAUAAAACGAAUAAAAUAAUAAUACUGCUUAAAAAGAGA